AUGGGUAAGGAAUGGUUAGGCCGCCUGAAGUCUCUGCUCGACAAGGACUGGGAAGUGAGGAGGUCUGAAGUGGCUGAGGGGUGGAGGUUUCUUGAUCAAUUUCUUCGUGAAAAGGAAGGUGGUGUGGUUGUUGCAGGUGCGGGUGAGGAUGAAGGCAGCGAGCAGAGGCCGCAGUUGAGAUGGGCAAAAGGAGCAGGCACUAUUCAAGUUGAUGGAGUUAACUUUACUCUCCAACAAUGUCACUGGCAUUCUCAUAUCGAGCACCUUAUCAGUGGCAGAAGAUAUCCUUUGGAAAAGGAUAUGGUGCACCAAAUAGCAGGUAACAGAAUAGUGGUUAUUGUAAUUUUGUACAAUAUGGGAAACUCUGAUGCAUUCCUUAUCGGGUUGAGGAAUGAAAUAGUAAGUCUGAGUCACAACACCACAGUAGAGGCAGAGGAAAGAUUUCUGUUCAUAUUCAGGUGA